CGCCCCUUCUGAUCGAGCACUUCGACGUGCAGUCUGUCCAAUGCUGAUGUUACAUGCAGUAAGACCGAUUGAGCCCGCACAGGAUUCCGGUUCAACGGAGUAACCUUCCGCCCAUGCCGGGCCGACUGGCCUCUCGUCCUGGAUAACGUUGUCAGAAGGCUCCGGUGUUCCUGAUGAUUAGGCGGAACAGAGUGCAGUCUAAUCCUUCAUCGGACACCCGAUCAUGGCAUUUCGAUUUUGGGCCAAGGUCACUGGCUACCGUGUCCACCCGGAUUCCCGGUUAUCUCGUCCCCGACACCGCCUUGUUGUCCUUCUCUCCCGCGCAUCUAGCGCUGCCGAGUUUUCCGUUCGGAGUGGGAUGAUCCAGGAAGGGUGACGUCGAUAUGGUCGCUCUUUUGAGCGUGAAGAGGCAUCAAUGCGGCACAGGUACACUGCAUGCGGAAGUCAACAACGCAUUGGGCUCAAUUGGUGCAGGCGGUAUCGACCUCGAGGUUCGAAAAGACGAUGGUCGCUCUGCGCUCUGGGUUGCUCAUCCCGGAGGAGACGACUAAACACGCUGAUCAAGCAGGACCACCAUUAUUACGGACGAACUGCGGGGGUGGGUCGGCGGGGGAGGGGCUGCCUGAUGCGGCGGGAAAGUCGUCGAGGCCGAGGAGCACAAUUGCCGUUGACGUCUUCUGGCAGAACAGACGAGCAAAAUGCGAAGGCAUCCCAACAGGCUGACAGGUCAGCGACCCGACUUCCUGGAUCAGCCACUCAAAUAUGUUAUCCUGACCGCAAGUGCGGGAUUAUUAUGGGGCUCCUGCGACACAGCCAUGGCCUCACGAUGUGGUCGGCCGCUCGACCCUGUGGCUGUUCCGUUUGGCGGCGACAGCCAGGCACUUUACUAAGGAGAUUGAGCCAGUGGCAGCUCUGCGGUGAUAUGAUAUUUGCUGCGUUGCGCACAGGGGCAACAUUAUCGAAGCGCAGUGUCGCUCAAUUCCACUGUCGCCCAGGGACUCUUCGAGUCCCCAUCCGGGUGGUGCUUCGCCUGAUCGCCAGGACUCCUGAAGCGGGUUCCUACCGGCGAGCUCGCGGGGUCUUGCAGGUAUGAAGCGGGAGUGCCCGCCUCGGCAUGGCGACAGAGCUCGGCUGGCCGCACGUCUCAGUUGUCACGGCGACGGCGACAUUGAAUGCACCGACGGCACGGGAUUGGGUAAAAAGGGAGGACGAAAGCGGCUUGGUCCGUGC